UAUCUCUGGCAAAAGAGGGAAGACGACCAAGUCUUCGCAGCCAAUAUUUCCCAAGGGGUCUGUGCCCCUGUGGGUUAAGUAGGGGACAAAAACUUAGUAGGCCCCCUCACCCCCUUUAGCGUUCAAACUGACCGCUCUCCUAAUGGUUUGCUGUCGACGAAUGCGUUGCUUGUAGGAGAAAUCGACUUCAGGCAGGAGGCGAGCUGCGGCUUGGUCCUCGUGCGCAGAUGAAAGUACAGAAGAAGCUGGUUCGGAAAAGUCUGGCGUCUCAGGAAAGAACAGGUUAUUCUUCUGAAAAGAUGGCUCUUUCUCUGAACUUCUUGGUGAGCUUUUCUUUCAUGCUGUUAAAUCACUGGAUUGGCUUAACAUCAUCCCUGAACCUUGAAGAUCCAAACGUGUGCAGCCACUGGGAAAGCUAUUCGGUUACGGUUCAAGAGUCGUAUCCCCACCCCUUCGAUCAAGUUUACUACACCAGUUGUACGGACAUACUAAAUUGGUUUAAAUGUACACGACACAGGAUCAGUUAUCGUACAGCCUACCGACAUGGAGAAAAAACUAUGUACAGGCGUAAAUCCCAGUGUUGUCCUGGGUUUUAUGAAAGCAGGGACAUGUGUAUUCCCCACUGUGCUGAUAAAUGUGUCCAUGGUCGCUGUGUCGCUCCCAACACCUGUCAGUGUGAACCAGGCUGGGGUGGGCCUGACUGCUCCAGUGCCUGUGACAGUGAUCACUGGGGACCUCACUGCAGCAGCCGCUGCCAAUGCAAACAUGAAGCCCUGUGCAAUCCCAUCACUGGAGCCUGUCACUGCUCCUCUGGUUUCAAGGGCUGGCGCUGUGAGGAGCUCUGUGACCAGGGUACCUAUGGGAACGAUUGCCAUCAAAAGUGCCAGUGCCAAAAUGGAGCCACUUGUGAUCACAGGACUGGAGAAUGCCGGUGUCCACCUGGCUAUACCGGAGCUUUCUGUGAGGAUCUCUGUCCCCCUGGAAAGCACGGGUCUCAGUGUGAAGAGCGAUGUCCCUGCCAAAAUGGAGGCGUGUGUCAUCAUGUAACUGGGGAGUGUUCCUGCCCUACUGGCUGGGUGGGCACAGUCUGUGGUCAGCCUUGCCCCGAAGGGCGCUUUGGAAAGAAUUGCUCCCAGGAGUGCCAGUGCCAUAACGGAGGUGCAUGUGACUCGGCGACGGGUCAGUGUCGCUGCAGCCCAGGCUACGCUGGGGAGCGAUGCCAGGAUGAGUGCCCCGUUGGGAUGUAUGGCGUGCAGUGUGCUGAGACCUGCCAGUGCAUGAAUGGUGGGGAAUGUUAUCAUAUUAACGGUGCCUGCCUCUGUGAACUGGGAUAUACUGGAAAACACUGCGAGACUCGGCUGUGCGGCGAAGGCAUCUAUGGCAUCAAAUGUGACAAACAAUGUCCUUGCUACUUGAAGAACACCCAGAGCUGUCACCCGAUGUCUGGAGAAUGUUCCUGUAAGCCAGGCUGGUCUGGACUCUACUGUAACGAGACUUGUUCCCCUGGAUUCUAUGGUGAAGCUUGUGAGCAGAUCUGCAGCUGUCAAAAUGGGGCUGACUGCGAUAGUGUGACUGGAAAAUGCAUCUGUGCCCCUGGAUUUAAGGGCAUCGACUGUUCUAUCCCCUGUCCUCUGGAAACCUAUGGGGUGAACUGUUCCUCUCAAUGCGGCUGUAAGAAUGGCGCCGUCUGCUCUCCUGUGGACGGCUCUUGUGCAUGCAAGCCAGGUUGGCAUGGCGUGGAUUGCUCAAUCAACUGUCCCAGUGGCACAUGGGGCUUCAGCUGCAAUUUAACAUGCCAGUGCCUAAAUGGAGGGGCCUGCAAUGCUCUAGAUGGAACCUGCACCUGUGCCCCGGGCUGGCGAGGGGAGAAAUGUGAACUCACUUGCCAGGAUGGAACAUAUGGGAUGAACUGUGCUGAGCGCUGCGACUGCAGUCACGCAGAUGGUUGUCACCCAACCACAGGCUACUGUCGUUGCCUCCCAGGAUGGUCAGGUAUCCACUGUGACAGUGUGUGUGCUGAGGGAAGGUGGGGACCCAACUGCUCAUUGUCCUGUUACUGCAAAAAUGGAGCUUCGUGUUCCCCGGACGAGGGGAUCUGUGAGUGUGCACCAGGAUUCAGGGGCACAACUUGUCAGAGAAUUUGCUCCCCGGGGUUUUAUGGGCAUCGUUGCAGCCAGACCUGCCCCCAAUGUGUGCACAGCAGCGGGCCCUGCCACCAUGUCACAGGACUUUGUGACUGCCUACCAGGAUUCACCGGAGCACUCUGUAAUGAAGUUUGUCCCAGUGGCCGAUUUGGGAAGAACUGUGCUGGAAUUUGUCCGUGUACCAACAACGGCACCUGCAAUCCCAUCGACAGCUCUUGCCAGUGUUUUCCAGGUUGGAUCGGUAGCGAUUGCUCUCAGCCCUGCCCACCUGCCCAUUGGGGUCCAAACUGCAUCCACACGUGCAGCUGCCACAACGGAGCUUACUGUAGUGCUUACGAUGGAGAAUGUAAAUGUACCCCAGGGUGGACCGGCCUCUACUGCACCCAGAGGUGCCCACUGGGGCUCUAUGGAAAGGACUGUGCUUUAGGGUGCCGGUGCCAGAAUGGAGCAGACUGUGACCACAUCUCAGGGCAGUGUACCUGCCGCACUGGAUUCAUGGGGAAACAUUGCGAACAGAAAUGUCCUCCAGGAACAUAUGGCUAUGGCUGUCGACAGAUUUGUGACUGCCUGAACAAUUCUACUUGCGACCACAUCACAGGAACUUGUUACUGUAGCCCAGGCUGGAAAGGUGCGAGAUGUGAUCAAGCUGGUGUCAUAAUAGUUGGGAAUUUGAACAGUUUAAGUCGCACGAGUACUGUUAUCCCUGCUGAUUCAUACCAGAUUGGGGCAAUUGUCGGCAUCAUUAUUCUUGUCCUGGUUGUCAUCUUCCUAUUGGCACUGUUCAUUAUUUAUAGACAUAAGCAGAAGGGGAAAGAAUCAAAUAUGCCAGCAGUUGCCUACACACCUGCUAUGCGGGUCAUCAGUGCAGAUUACAGGAUUUCAGAUACCAUUCCGCACUGCAAUGGGGGAAACACAAACAGUCAUUAUUUCACCAACCCCAGUUAUCAUACUUUGACCCAAUGCACCCCAUCAUCUCAUGUCAACCUUAGGGACAGGAUGACCAUUGCAAAGACAGAUAAAAGCCAGCUGUUUGUGAAUCUUAAGAGUGUGGAUCCUGGAAAGCGAGGGCGCAUUGUGGACUACACGGGAACAUUGCCUGCAGAUUGGAAGCACAGCAGCUACCUCAAUGAGCUCGACUUAAAGCAUUCCGAAUAUAAUUCAAGUAGCUGUUCGCUCAACAGUUCAGAAAAUCCAUACGCUACCAUUAAAGACCCACCAGUUCUGAUCCCCAAAAGUUCAGAAUGUGGCUAUGUGGAGAUGAAGUCACCCGCCCGGAGGGAUUACCCAUACACUGAAAUCAGCAGCUCUGUUUCAGGCAAUAAGAAUGUCUAUGAAGUUGAACCUACAGUGAGCGUGGCCCAAGGAGGAUUCGGGAACAUUGUCCCUUUUGGUCAAGAUCCAUACGACCUCCCAAAGAACAGCCACAUUCCAUGCCACUAUGACUUGCUACCUGUCCGAGACACUCCACCAUCCCCGAAGGAAGAGGUCAGCGGUGGAGAAUGAGGCCUGCAGAGCCCCAGGGAAGCACGGGGGACCGUUUUUAAAGAACUACAAUCUGCUUCUCCUUCAUUCUCUAGUUUGCUACCUUCUUGGGAUGCUCGUCCAUUGGCUAGACAAUUGCUGAGCAUUUACCAAGAAUCUCAGAUGUGAGGUUUGUGGGUCACUGAAGGGGUGGGGGAUAGAUGACACACGGAGGAAAUUCUAAGCUUUCUUUCCAAGUUACUUUUAUAGCAGCCCCAUACACUACAUUUACAUCAUAACCCGCUGGGCGAACACACCAGUUGGCCAAGCAACUCCAGCAACAUAAAGGCUUCACUAUCCAGAGUGUGUGAUGCUUUUCACGACUCUCUCAUUUUCACUGCAGCAUGUUUCUCAGGAUGGUGCAGCCACCCACACUGUUCUUAGAGUAGCUGUAUGUUCAUUUUGCCCCGCCUCUCUGGGCAUUCUUACCUUGCCGUGGCUUGUCCUCAUCUCUGGAGGUGGUGACACAAGCCAUGUACAAGCCCGGAGGCUACUGCAAACUAGAAAGGAAACCUAGAAAGGAAUGCCAGUUUCCAGAUGGUGGAUUUGAAGGAAUCGUGAAAGUUUGCCUUGGAUAGCUGUAGCUAGCGCUGGGGUUUGCCUGACUUUGGGGAUGACUGUCCCCAUCUCACAACACUCCACUAACCCUCCUUGACAUAUCAGUAAUUAUUUCACAAAUAUAACAGUGAAACCAUUUUAUUUUUGACAGAAACUGAAUGAGUGUGUUAGAAAUGGAAAAAAAAUGUGAUGAAUGCUGAAAAUUUGAAGUGCAAGAUAAGGUUUUGUAAGCCACUCGUAUUAUGUAAUGUAAUAGAGAAUAAGACUAGUACAUGGUUGUGGUUCAUUUUUCCCUAGCAGUGAGAGAAAUAUCUUUGUUCUUUUUAGAAAGGCACCUUCUCUUUUAUUAAGUGUUAGUGUAGGGAAACUAUGCUUAAGCUGGUCUUUAGCAUUGCUAAUACCUUGAUACAUGCACUCCCUCCCCCUUGUUUUCAUUAACUUGCCUCUCCCAUUUUAAUAUUGUGUACCUCUGUCUUCUAGUGCUCGAGCUUAUCGUUGAAAAAUAGAGUAUAUGGCCAUUGCAUCUUGUAUUUUCGUCACCCAUCCUUUGUUUCGUUUGGAAAAGAAGCACUCACUGUUCUCUAAAAAAACAAGGUACAAUUGUGCAAGUUUCUACCGUCAUUAACAGCUGUCAGAGGCAGGCCACAACCCAGAGUGGAGGACGGAUAAGGGGUCCUAGCUUUUUGGCAUCUGAGCCAUCGGACGUGCCUCAAUCCACCUAGGACUGUGGAAACAAUAGCACUAGUAAAGGAGCUAAUCUUGAAAUCCCAUUUUCAUGGGGGAAAUUGAAACAUAGUUGGCCUGCUAGUCUUUAGUGGUGGGGGUGGGGGGAAGGUUAUGGUUAGGAUUGGAAAGACCCGUUUCUUUUCACAAAGCCCAUCACUGCCAUCACUAGAGAGGAGGAGAAAUGCACCAGAAAGCAAUGCACCUACCUCAGAAUAAGUGAUUAUAGGCUCACCUUUUAGAGACUGGAAAUUUGGCAAGGCCACGGCUCUUUUCAACGCAACUAAUUGGCCACCUUGGUAAAAUAAUUAGGGAGGAAAUUGUAGCAUUUCAUAGAAAUGGGAUUCUACCAUCAAUCAAGCAACAAUAAUUUUUGAAGGUGUGUGUGCAGAGCACUGUACUAAGCACUUGGAAGAGUCCAAAAGAAUUAGUAGACAUGAUCCCCACCCUCAAGGAGUUCACAGUCUAGCAGAUUGAGAUACCAUACUGGGGAUGGCAAGAUUAUCUAGACAUCCAUCACUAUAUGGAUUUACCAAAGAUUGAGAAUCAUUCUGAACAUAAAAGUUUGAGGGAAGAAAAAAAAGCUGCUGGUUUUUUUCUCAACAUUUCAAACAGAACCACAUUGUGCUAUCAUCAAAAUAAUCUCCUCAGGCACCUGACGCUCACAGCCUAAGGCUCCUUGUUGAUGUAUCAUAAUGGCAAGGUGCAGAAUAAAAGGAUUUGGGGAGGGGGAGAAGCAGGGAGUUUCUACAUAUAAACAUGCCAACCAGACUGAAGAAGAAAUAAUUUGCUAAGUUGUUUCAAUAAACUUUAAGCAUUUCUAGUGGGUGAGAGGAUAAAGGUCACUAUGUAGUGACAAUAUUUGAAAUAAACAUUCAUGAUUUUCUCAAACAGAAGUCCAUGGGUGAUCAUGAUGCUGAUGAAUUCAAAAUUGUCUUAAUUUAAUCAAUUUUCCUCUAAAUAACUGUAAAGAAAUCUGAACUCCAAGCAACUUCCAACCCAAACUAACCCAAUCCACUAACCUUUGGACCAUAAAAGGUCUGCUUAAGUGGCGACUCGCUGAAAGACUUACCCAAAAAUCUAGUUUCUUUAACCAUUUCAGCUCUAGGAGUUUAGGUGAUCCAAUAACUGGCAUCACCUAGUGACAAGACUUCUAAAAGACCAAAUACACAAAAACAAAAUGCAGGGACUAGAAAGAAAUAUUGAGGAAAUUUGCCUUAUUUUAAGUGAGUUUUAAAGGCCUACAUUUUUGCAGUAGAGAUCCCUGUGAAUAAAGUUCACUCUGUAUGCUUCCCAGAUUGAAGAAUUCAGAGCAUGAGGCUAAAAAAAAAAAAGUCAAUUUGUUUUAAUCCUUUAAAUCAGACGGGUGCAUUGUGUAUUAACUCUUGUAUGGUAGACUUUGCCUUUUUGGGGAACAAUUAAUGCUAGUCAGUCUCUGUGUUCCUACCCCAGGCUUCAUUUUGAUAUGACUGAAUUAUAUUUUUUAAAAGGAAAACUACAAACUAGGUCUGGCUUGUUUUAGUUGUAACACAAAAAAUGUUUCAUUGUUGAAAUAUCUCUACUUUCCAAAGAUAUAAUGGAUGCUCAGCAGUCGUACCCUUUGCUACCAUUUAUAACCACCAAACAUGCUUAUAGGUUCAUGUAAUAAAGUUUCUAAUGAAAGA